UGGCCUCUUGCGCCAGGAACUCCUGAGGAGCCCUCUAUCAGAAGCCAGACAAGGCAAGCCACUCAGUACGUGCGCUCAGGGGCGAGCUUCUGGGGCUGCAACUGAGGAACAGGUGUGGGGUGAGGAAGAGGCUGGAGGAUGUCUGUCAGAACAAAAAAGAUCCACAGCACUGGACCAGAGGAGAACCAGGUGAAAGAGACCCUAUAGUCGGCCCAAGGAGAAUGACCCCAAACUGGCACAGCUCCUUGAUCCUCACGGCCUACAUCCUUAUCUUUCUCACUGGGCUCCCUGCCAACCUGCUGGCCCUGCGGGCCUUCGUGAGCCGGGUCCGCCAGCCCCAGCCUGCUCCGGUGCACAUCCUCCUGCUUAAUCUGACCCUGGCGGACUUGCUCCUGUUGCUGCUGUUGCCCUUCCGGAUCGUGGAAGCAGCGUCUAACUUUCGCUGGUACCUGCCAAAGAUCGUGUGCGCGCUCACGGGCUUCGGCUUCUACAGCAGCAUCUACUGCAGCACGUGGCUGCUGGCGGGCAUCAGCAUAGAACGCUACCUGGGAGUGGCCUUCCCGGUGCAGUACAAGCUCUCCCGCCGGCCUCUGUACGGGGUGAUCGCUGCUCUGGUGGCCUGGGUCAUGUCCUUCGGCCACUGCACCAUCGUCAUCAUCGUUCAGUACCUGAACUCAACCGAGCUGGUGGGCACUGGGAGCCAGAUAACCUGCUAUGAGAACUUCACCCAAGAGCAGCUGGAUGUGGUGCUGCCAGUGCGCCUAGAGCUGUGCCUGGUUCUCUUCUUUGUCCCCAUGGCGGUCACCAUCUUCUGCUACUGGCGCUUCAUGUGGAUCAUGCUCACGCAGCCCCAUGUAGGGGCUCAGAGGAGACGCCGGGCGGUAGGCCUGGCUGUGGUGACGCUUCUUAAUUUUCUGGUGUGCUUCGGACCUUACAACGUGUCCCACUUGGUGGGGUUCUACUUGAGACAGAGCCCUCCAUGGCGGGUGGAGGCUGUGGUGUUCAGCUCCCUCAAUGCCAGCCUGGACCCUCUGCUCUUCUAUUUCUCUUCCUCUGUGGUGCGCAGAGCUUUCGGGAAAAGUUUGCUACUGUUGCGCAAUCCCGGCUCCUCGAUGCUGGGCAGAGGAGCCAAAGAGACAGUGGAGGGGACCCGGAUGGACAGGGGUGGGAGUCAAGCAGAGGGGGUGCCGAGCUCCGAUUUCGUCACUGAGUAGAGUUCCCCGGAUCUUCCCUAGCCUCUGGGUCACCCAGAAGUUGGGCUGGCUAGUAGAGCACCUGGAACUUGGUGAAAGAUAAAAAAUAAAAAAGAAGGACCUCCCCAAGCCCGCCCCGCUGCCCUCUCAACUUGGCGUAACAACUUGACUGAAUUUUCCUGCUCCGGGAUACAGAAGAAAUGGUUACAGCCCUAAAACACAGUGGGGCCAGGGUCUCAGAAGCAAGGUGGCUAAUAGGAGUGCGGUUUUAAAAGUAACAUUCCUUCGAGCUUGGAAUCACCACCCAGAGACAGUGGUCUGACUGACGGUGCCGCAAAGAAGCCAGUGAAAAAAGACUGGGGGGAAACCGUGAGAAGAAGAAUCUCAGAGAGGCUCUCAGCGGCGGGAGGGACUGGUGGGGAGGACAGGGGCUCCGAUCUCUGGUGAGCUUGGCCCUUCUGAAUCCGUUUGAGCUGCCCCUCUGUAAGUGCGCCCUGCUGGUUUUCACAGUUUGGGCAUGUCCCCACCGUUGAGCUGGGAUGGAGGUGUACAUCUGUCCACCGUGCCACCCCACCCAGGCAAGGAUGUAUCUUGGUACCCGUCAGUCUGACGUUGACCCUGACCUGCAUGGGAGGAGAGAAAAACCAGUCUGCUUUGGCAGGUUGGAAAUAAAGACUAUGAAAGCCUGAA